ACCGGUGGAAACACGUAGUAGUGUAGGGCAUGUUGGACUGAUAACUUCGGGAAAUGAGUGAUUCCUGAUUCGUAAUAAUAGUUAUGCCACAGUUAUCAAGGCUACUUUUACAGUCCAGUCUUCUGUCUUUAAAGGACCAGCAGGAGGAGGAGGGCAGACUUUUCAUCCACCCUCAGUUCCGCCUUUGUUUGGCUCAAAGUGCGGGGUUCGCUUUAGGUGAAUACCCGGCGUGUGUGGGUUGCAGGUGACCCGCUUGGGUCCACACAACAAGUUUGCUUAAACAUGGUUCAUUACAACAAAGAGUCUGAGUCUGAGCCUCGGGUCUACGGUUGUACCAGGACAGCUUCCGCAGUGUUGACCCACUUCAUCUGCGUUAUCUUCACUGUGUUCAUUGCACUUCUGUCUCGACCGGGUACAAGUUGGUUUUCCUGGCAUCCUUUCUUCAUGACACUGGCUUUCUCCUUCUUCAUGACAGAAGCCAUACUCCUCUUCUCCCCCCACGGCUCACCCAUCAAAAAGUUCCCACACAAGACCAAAGGUCGUGUUCACUGGGUCCUGCAGUGUCUGUGUGUGUCAUGUGCAGUCCUGGGUCUGGCAGCCAUCUCUUACAACAAAUACCUGAAUGGUAAACCCCACUUCACCUCGUGGCACGGUCUGCUGGGUCUGAUCACAGUGUGUGUGGUUGGGUUGCAGUCUUUGGCAGCUGUGCCUCUCAUCUACCAUUCUCUGGCCAAAGGCUGGUCCCUGGCUAAACUCAAACGUUACCACGCAGCGUCUGGACUCGUCACCUACCUGCUUGGCAGCAUCAGCCUGCUCCUCGGCCUCUGCUCUGCCUGGUUCACUGCUUCUGUCAAAGAAUCCACCUGGUACCUGUCAGCACUCUGCCCCGCCCUCAGUGCCCUCAUCAUAAUGAACCAAGUCACCAGUGCUUACAUGGCCAAGAAACGGUUGCAGUCCUGACAGAGGACUCUGCAUCAACAAUGCAACAAAACUGUCACUGAGUUCUUAUGCAAGGUUUGCCUGAGAGAUUUAGUUUUAUCAGUCACAUACAAUCAUUUUGAUUUGCAUAAAUAAAAAAAAAAAAAGGAGCUGAUUUCUGCAGCUACAUGCCUCUUUGACGGUCUUGUCAU